CCGAUUGCUCUAUGCCCCGAGCCAAACCCGCUAGGGCCCCAGGACACGCCGGCGCUGCCGCCAUGGGCCGCCUGCUCCUCCUGGCCCUGCUGCUGCCGCUGCCCUGCGUCCCCGGCCUGCCCUUCUACAACGGCUUCUACUACUCCAACAGCGCCCACGGCUGGGACCCGGGCCUCGGCGGAGGCAUCUUCCACGGCAGGAAGCUGGUGGUGGAGACGCCCGAGGACACCCUGUUUGCCCACCGGGGGGCCCACGUGACCCUGCCCUGCCGGUACCGCUACGAGCCUGCCCCGAGCUCCCAUGGGCCCGUGCGCGUCAAGUGGUGGAAGCUGCCGGCGGAGGAGGACGGGGCCCCGGAGCGGGACGUGCUGGUGGCCGUCGGGCCCAGGCACCGCGCCUUCGGGGACUACCAGGGCCGCGUGCGCCUGCGGGGGGCGGAGGAGGGGGACGUGUCCCUGGAGAUCUGGGACUUUCGGCUGGAGGACUCGGGGCGCUACCGCUGCGAGGUCAUCGAUGGGCUGGAAGACGGGAGCGGCGUGGUGCAGCUGGAGCUGCGGGGUGUGGUGUUCCCUUACCAGCCCCCUCAGGGGCGCUACCAGCUCAACUUCCAGGAGGCCCAGCAGGCCUGCGAGGCCCAGGAGGCGGCCGUGGCCUCCUUCGAGCAGCUGUUCUGGGCCUGGGAGGAGGGCCUGCACUGGUGCAGCGCGGGCUGGCUGCAGGACGGCUCGGUGCGGUACCCCGUCAGGCGGGCCCGGGGGCCCUGCGGGGGCCUGAGCCUGGCGCCCGGCGUCCGCAGCUACGGGCCCCGCCACCGCCGUCUGCACCGCUACGACGUGUUCUGCUUCGCCCCUGCCCUCAGGGGGCGGGUGUACUACCUGGAGCACCCCGAAAAGCUGACCCUCUCCGAGGCCAAGGCCGCCUGCCGGGAAGACGGUGCCCAGAUCGCCAAGGUGGGCCAGCUCUUCGCCGCCUGGAAGUUCCGCGGCCUGGACCGCUGCGACGCCGGCUGGCUGGCCGACGGCAGCGCCCGCUACCCCGUGGCUCGCCCACGCCCCGCCUGCGGGCCCCCGGAGCCCGGGGUCCGAAGCUUCGGCUUCCCAGACCCGCAAAGCCGCAACUACGGAGUCUACUGUUACCGCCCUCCUCGCUAGAGCCGGCACCUGCCUGCCCAUGCCACCCCCCUCACGGCCGUGUUUACUAAGUGGAUCUUGUUCCCUAUUCUUUUUAUACUUCUCAACCUAAAUUUUUUUAAAAAAUAUAUUUUUAUUGAUUUUUUUACAAAGAGGAAGGGAGAGGGAUAGAGAGUUAGAAACAUCGAUGAGAGAGAAACGUCGAUCAG